UUUCUCUGAGGCCUCUUGUUUCUUCCCUCGCUUUUUAUUUUUCUCUUCUUCCUCCGUUCAAACCCUAGAAAUCCAACCACAAUAACCCCCAUCACUCACCGGCUUCUCCUCCCCUCCCAAAUUCUCGGAAUCCUCCAGUCUUCUCGGCCGCCCUCCGCUCCCGCUCCCAAACGUCGCCGGCUCCUCGAUCCCGGGCCCUAACCGUCCUCGUUCCGGGAAGAGCUGUGGCUCACAAGCGCUCUUCAAAUUGCCAUCGGGUCGUCUAUUGUCUCCCCCCUGCAAGCCUUCCUUGCACGCGAGGAGUCAAGUUUCGUUGAAAAAUCCGGCGCCUUGGUGGUCUUCCUCGUCGGUUCGAAUCUAGGGCGUUAGCAUAUUGUAGAAAAAUUGCAUUUUGAGCUGCGCGCACGUGUUUUUGGGACGGGUUCGGAGUUUGAAGACACUGAGAAUUAAGGGUUUGACUUUGCUUGAGCUUGUUGUGGAAUUCGGGCAGCUGAACUCUGCUUUGCCAAAACCUUGUCGUAGCUGGGGAGCCCUAGUAGCCUGGAAGAGUUGUGUAGUGAGCUGAUCAGAGGAAUCAAAUUGGUACUGGAAUAGGGAUGAAGGUUUGAUAUGAGUAGACUGUCAUUUAGGCCUCGUCCUCUUGACAUUCACAAGAAGCUCCCUAUUGUAAAAUCUAUUAAAGAGUUCGAGGAGGACGAUGUUCCUACUGCCACUAGUUCAACCCGAAAUUCUCUCCUGCCACGGGUUGCAACUGCCCAUGACAGUGAGAAGCAUCGAACUCUUGGAAAGAAAAUUUCACAAGAAAUUCCUACUCCCCAAUUCAGCACUGUGGAAACAUAUGAAAGAGAUUAUUCUCAGACCUUUUCUCAAACAACUAGUUACAUACAUGCAAGAGGAGCCAGGGCUGAGAUUGGUGAAUUUGUCGAGUAUGAUUUGGAUAAUGAGGAUGAGGAUUGGCUUGAAGAGUUUAACAAUGAGAGGAAGAUUCUGUCACCAGAAAAGUUUGAGACCCUCCUGUUCAAGUUAGAGAUUUUGGAUCAUAAAGCUCGAGAAAGAGCAGGAGUUCUAACACCUACAUUUGGAGCUCCUGUUCCUGUUCUUUUGCAGCUUGAAUCUGCAGCAGAGGCUUUGCAAUCUCUAUCUGUGCGUUCCAUCAUUUUGCAAUCAAUAUAUAAUUACUGGAAAUCAAAGCGAGAACAGUGGCAAAAACCUAUUUUGCAUCACUUGCAGCCUCCUCCCCCAGUAAACGACACUAAUCCAUAUAAUGUGUUUAGACCCAGGGAAAAGGCACAUCGCCUUCAUACAAGAAGGAUGCAAAGGAGGGAAAAUAAUGUUCAAUCCUUUGAAAAGCUUCGGCAGGUCAGGCUUAGCUUGGAGCAGGCCAAGAGAGUGGUAGAAGCCUUGAUUAAGAGGGAACAGAAGAAACGAGAAUUCAUGGAAUGCGCGGUUAAUCUCCAACGCACCAAGUUGAAGUAUAAGCAUGAGGCACAACUUGUCGACGACAGAAUGGCAUUGUCUGGUUUUCCAGCAUCAUGGAAGUUUACUUCCAGUGAUGAUGAUGAUGAUGAUGAUGAUAUGGAUACCGACUACACACAAUCUUGGCCCGCCUCAUUUUAUCCAAAUUAUGCAGAUUCUAAUCUUAUGGUUGUUCGCAAAGAGCCAAUAAAGCGAGAAUUAAAACAGAGAUAUGUAUCGGAUGGAUGGCUGCAGAGAAUGGAUCCUGAUGAGCCAAUAAUGCUUUUCUCAAAACCUCUGGAUUCAGAUAGACUCGCAGCCUUUGGCAUUAUGCCACCAUCUCAUCCGCCCACUGAUGAUGGAUCAGUCAUACCGGCCUUCCGUGCCAGGAUUGGUCGCGGAGGACGUAUAAUCUUUGACCGUUGUGAUCCGCAUUUGCCAUUAGAUUAAGCCUUUCGAUAACACUGAUUCUAUAGCAUUAGGGUUCUUUGAUGCAAGCCAAGAAGCAAGCGCGACUGACUCAAAGGUCGUGUGCUGAUUUAAGAUGAAAGAGGUAUGACUCGUGGCCAGGCAUGGAGAGGUUUUUCGAACUGGCCAUGGUGAUCGCUUCUCGGUCUCUCUACCAUUGGACACUUAUUUGUCUUAGAUUAAAGGCUAAGCAUUCUUUGUUCCUUGUUCUACUAUUGUGGAUUUGAGUUUACUUCCAAUGCUUGCUAUUUUGGGUUAACUCUUUGACGCGAUGAAUAUGAUGGCUCGUGCUUGGAUAGGGGCUCAGGAUCAGCUUCAUGAAAAUCUUAUAUUCUCCAAGGAGGUUUUACCA